AUGUUUCUGAAUGAGCAGCUUAUGAUCAUUUUUGUGCUCUCUCAAGCUGGGAUCGGGCUUCUAGGGAAUUUAACAUUGCUCAUGGUGUAUGCCAGCAUCUUCUUCUUUCAGUCCAACCAGAAGAAGACUACAGAUCUGAUCCUCACCCACCUGAUCAUGACCAACACAGUGAUUCUCAUCACCCAGAUUUUCCCAGGGGUGGUGGUGACCUUUGGGAUGAUGAAUUUCCUGGGUGAUGUUGGGUGCCUGAUCAUCAUGUAUAUCAGGAGAGUAGCCCGGGGCCUCUCCAUCUGCACCACGUGUCUCCUGAGUGUGUUCCAGGCCAUCACCAUCAGUCCCAGCACCUCCCGCUGGGGCCAGCUCAAACACAGAACUCCCAACUACAUCUUACCUUCUUUACUCUUCUUCUGGCUCCUCAACAUGCUGAUCUAUAUUAAUUUAGUAACAAAAACCAUGGCUCUCAAAAAUGUCACCAUUACAGGUAGUGGUUAUCACGUGCAAAGCUGCUCUAAUGUAUUUCGGGAAAGUUAUCUAAAUGACAUUACCUUUAUCAUUACAAUGACUUUCCGAGACCUCUUCUUUUUGUUCCUCAUGAGCUGUACCAGUGGGUACAUGGUGAUGAUGCUACAUCAGCACCGAAAGAGAGUCCAGCACAUUCACACAACCAACCUCUCUCCCAAACCCUCUGCUGAGUCCAAAGCCACCCAGUCCAUCCUGCUCCUUGUCAGCUGUUUCGUUUGUUUUUAUUGCAUCAAUAGCAGCAUUACUGUUUACUUAAAUUUUAUGAAGAAGGAAGAUUUCCAGGUCUAUGACAUUGUAGCCUUUCUGGGUGGAGGGUAUGCCUCUCUCUCUCCCUUGGUUCUGAUCAGCAGUGAUCACCGGGUCCGCAGGGCCCCAUGUAGUUUAGAGGAGGUGAGAAGUCUAUCUUUACCCAGAAUGGGAGGAUACCAGUCUAAGAGCACAAGUUUAGGACAGGUGGGUCCUAAGUGA